AUGUUGCUCGACGAAGACCCUGCGACACUCAUCCACCAUACCGUGGGCAACUUCAACAUCCAACCGGACAAGCAGGCCGUGACACGCAUCAAUGACUCGCUCUCUACCCUGCAGCAGUCUCGCGAACUGCGGAUGCGCGAGGCCGAGUCCGCCCUGCGGAAGCUGUCGAGGAAUCUAACGGCCAUGUCGACGCAGUACGAGGAGGCAGUCGUGGCGCAUGACUCGGCCAAACACGCUGCGGAGAUCGUCGAGCUGGACACCAAGAAGUUCCGGAUCGCGAAGACAGCGACAGAGCUGGAGAUUGAGAGCGAGCGGCUCGAGAGCGAGCUGGAGAUGCUCAAGGAGCGACUGGCUGAUCUCGAGGCGCAGGGGUUAGAGGGUGACGAGCAGACAAGACGUGAGCGAGAGGCCGACGACGCCACCAUACUGCGGUUGAAAAUCUUCCGAUCGCUCGGCAUCGACAUCGAGGCCGACGACGCCGGCAACUUUACCAAAGCCGUGAUUCGCAACAGUCGCAAGGGCGAUGUCCACGUCGUUAACCUUGACUCCAAGUUCUCGCGCUUUUUCUACGCAAAUUACUUCUGGUCAACCAUGCAAGGUUGA